CCGUGACGUGCUCGAUCUGCCAAGUCGUGUCUUGCCUCUCUCUUCAUCUCUCAUUCUCUCAUUCUCUCUCUCUCUCGCGCGCACGUCGAAAUGUCCGCGUACUCGUGAGAUCGUAUCCGCGCGCGCGGCCAUCGACGUCGAGGACGAGGACGACCUGGACGACCUGCCGUGAAGAGGAACCCGUGAAAGUGGCUGGCGGCGGCGGCGGCGGUGGCGGCGGCCAAUAAUGCGCAUACCGGACGCGGCGUGGAGACGACAGCGACGAUAGCUUUUAGAUCUCAAAGAUUGUGCUGUGAAUCAGGCCGUACCGUCCUGCAGGCAGCAUGAACAAUCCUUAUCGAGCUAGACCCAUCAGAGCACGGGUGGAUCAUACGGCUGCGUACGGAAUGCCCAAUCAAAACAUGUGGGUGCCCAUGUCGAGACCUCAAUCGGACGUUCUGCCGAACGAUACCACCCAGCAGUCUCUCGUGAACCAAUCAAAACCUGCCAGCGAUACGUGGAAGGAUCCUUGGGACUGGAAUCUGGAUCAACAAUCAGAUACCCAGCAGCAGCAAUCACCACCACAACCGCCACAUCAGCAGCAACAGCAUUACGUACCUUCGUAUCAGAAUCAAGGGCAGCUGAUAUCCUCUUCUGCGCAAAAUCAUUAUUACAAGAAUCUUAAUGGUAACACGUCCGAUGUACUUAACCAGAACUCCGUGUCGGACAGAAACACUCCCAGAACAGAGCCCGCUCGUCAGACCGGAUCGACUUACACGGAUUCUUUUCCGCCCUUUACGAACUACAAUCAAAAUCAGCAGUAUCCGUUGCCGCCUCGAUCGAGCAACGCGAAAUCCGGUUAUGAACACGCUCAAUGGUCGAGCGAGCAGUCGCAAAAUGCAGCUUAUCCCCAGCAGAGACUUCUGCAGCAUGGCCAGAAGGAUCAGCCACCAUUGCAUCCGCCACCGGCACAUCCCCCACCGAUGGCACCGCAUAAUAAUUAUAACUGGAACAAAGACGACGCGACGACACCGGCACACCCGCCACCGAUGGCACCGCAUAACAAUUAUAACUGGAACAAAGACGACGCGACGAACUUGCCGCUGCAAAGUAAUUGGCAGAAUCACAACGAUACGCUGAGUCAGUGGCAGGAUCAGAACGUGCCGCAGGAUUUGCAGCAGCCAAUAGUUGACAAUACGAGCAAUCAGGGCGUGCAACCAUCGCAAAUGUAUAACGCACCUGUCGAAGUCAACAAGGAACAUUCCAUGAACUGGCCUGCCAGUGGGCAGCAGGGUAAUACCGAACCGAGUACUAAGUCUAAUGUAUCGAACCAGUGGCACAAUCAAAAUCGCGAGUCCCAACACCAAUCCGCGCAUUUAGUACAAACAACGAAUAAUGUAGACGACACAUUUGCCGUUUGGCCGCCAUCGGGCAACAUUAGUGCCUCGCACGAUUGGAGACAUUCCAACGUGCAAAGCGAAUCUGUACAUCCUACGCAAUGGUUACAGCCGACGGGCGCGGAUAACAGUUCGUUCGCGGAAAACGUACCGCAGAACAAUAACGGCGCUAGGUUUGCUGCAAACGAGUGGCAACAGAUGCACAUGGCGCCGUUUAAUUAUGCUCCAGCGUCUACAAUUGCACCUACGACUAUUGAAAAUAUUGUACAUACGCCCAACAACAAUGAGCAGGAAAGCGAGAAACAAGCGGCAGUAGCUUCUAUCCCAAGUACCGUAUCGCCUCAUGACUCGAUCAGUUAUCCUAAAUCGAGCGACGUCAAGUCACUGAUUGGAGACCACCAUCAUCUGAACGUACUGACUGACGACGCACCGAAGAGCGAUCCUUCCAAAACCGUUCUUAUCGGCGAGAAGGAUGAUCGUACUUUCGCUCCUACAGCGGCAGAGGAAUUAACCAGCAAUUUUGGUCAACUCAAUGUCGGAAGCAAGUCGGGGAAACAUAUCGAUCCUUUAGGCGAAUCGUUAGAGGUGCAUUCGAGCCCCAUAGAAGGGAGAGCUCAACAUCCUGCUAAUUUUAACGUCGCGAGUAUCCGAGGGAAUUCCGUACCCGACAACAUGCCCGUGCUACCUCCGGAUUACGCGCCAAGCGGCAUCGAGAACUCGCAUGCCGUCGAUAGCCAGCCAGUGGUCGGUCAGGAUCUUCUAAUACCUAAUACAUAUCAAAGUGCCGCUAAGAUAACGGACGGUGUCUCGCAAAGCGGAUACGAUCAAUGGUACAAUCAAAACACGCUAGAGAACGCGUGGUACGCGAAGGAUCACACGCGCCCGCCUCCCAAGCAGUGGAACACCCCCGAACAGAACGUGGAGAACUACGAGAACAUCCAGCAAACGUCCGACUUCAUAAACGUCGAGGUCGUCGCGCCUGCGACGUUGAAGGAGCGCGAUAUCUACGGUUCGCGGGACUCCAUAAACAAGGAAACGUUGGACAACGAUCCCAAGCCGAGCGCGAAUCCUAAGGAAGCGACGAACAUCCGGGACUUCAGGGAAGAAGUGAACAACGUCGAGGUGCUGUCGAUGCAGCAACAACAGUCUCAACAAGUACGGCCUCAUCCCCCUCUGGCGGAACAGAUGCCGGACAAUUACGAGUUCGCUUCGAACGAUAGGAACACGUUUCUGGAGACCGGCGAGUUGACGGACUCGCAUCAGGAACACGAGCCGACGCCGCCGAGCCAGGACGACGAGAACGACGAAGUGCCUAACGAUAUUCCCUUCCUGCGCGAAGUACCGGGGCAAUCGAGCACCAUAGAUCCACGCAGGAACGAUCCUACGGGUCAGGAGCAUCACAUGCAGACCGGGCAACGUCUGUCCGAUCCCAGGAGAAACGAUCCGUCGGGUCAGGAGCAAAGUAUGCAAGUUAGGAACUUACCCGACAGAGCGGAGCGUCGCGACGUUCUUCCAGGCCAAGAGAGGAACGUGCCUCUGUUACUGCGAGGCGACUCGGACACGCUGGAGCGGCGAAACGAUCCCUCGGGCAGGGAACGUUCUCUCCCGCCGCAACAGUCGCGGAACGAUCCGUCGGGGGAGGAAAGGUAUCAGCUUCAGUCGCAGAUAAUGCUGGAGCCGAGCGAGACCCGCGAGGUCCUCGGUAGAGGCAACGAACCCGACGAAGUCGCGCAGCAAACGGACGCGGAGCUGAGGCAGAUACCAGGCGGUGCGUCCUCCAACGACGUCACGCAGUUAUCGGACGACAGAACAACGGGUGGUAGAGUCGUUACCGGCUCCCCUCCGGAGGCUCCACCUCCGACGAUGACGGCGAUGCAGGAUCAGGCGAGUGAAUCGCGAAGCAAGCGCGAGGAAGCGGUGGGCGCGUCCUUGGAGAGUGAGAGCCAGGGUAUCUCCGGCUCGUCGAAUCGCCGGGAUUCCUACGAGGACGAGGAGGACGAGGGAUCACGCAACAGCCGGGACGAGAGCAGAGAGAGACGACGAGAGACCAGUCCCGAUCGCCGACGAUACGAAUACGAUCGGAAGAACGCGUAUUACGAGCGUGAUCGCGAAUAUGAGGACGAUUACUAUUACGAGCGCCGACGCGUAGGCGACAAUGAUCGUCAGUACAACGCCCGCGACGACUUCGAGCGACGGGAUGUCCCGUAUCGGGACGACGAGCGUAAGCAUCAAAGUCGCGACGACCUGGAUCGACACGGUAGAGACGAUAUGGACAGGAGAGUCAGGGGAAAAGAGGAUGUGGAUGAAAGAGACGGCAGGAGGAGACCGGAUGAUCGCAGACGAGUCGACGAUCCACGUCGUCGGGACCCGAGAGACUACGAUGCGCGGUAUUCUAGAGAUCCUAGGGAUAGAGAGUACGUGGAUCGUGACAGAAGAAGGGACGACAGACGACCUCGAAGAUACGACGAUUACGAUAUUAGAGAUCAGUACAGAAGGGAGUACUACGACGAUCCUUAUGGAAGAAGUUCUAGGCCUUCAAGUAGAUCGUCUUACAAUGAUAGAGACCGUGAAUACUACAUGCGUACAAGGGAUCCUUAUUAUGCAUAUAAUGGAUACAGUGGAUAUGAUUAUGGUACUCAUUACGGUAGUAAUUAUUAUGCAUAUCUCGAAAACCUACGACGGACGAAUCCUGCCGCCUAUUCCGAGUGGUACCACAAAUAUUAUGCCAGUCAGCAUCAACAACAGCAUAUCGCCAGAGGGGUCGGCAAUUAUCCAGAGGAUAGAGCCAGCGUUCAUUCCGGCCGUAGCUCCUGCGACGAUAGGACCACUGGUGAUAAACGAACAUUGGGUGAUAUGUCGCUAUUGGAAGAUUCGAUAAUUACUUCUGCUCGAUUGACACCGACUAAAUAUUCCACGUCUCAUGCAUAUGCAUGCUUUUCUAUUGGGUCUUUGGUACACGUUCACCCGAGCUAUCCAGCUGACGGCGAGAGAGCGAAAGUGGACAUUUUUCGCGUAGAUCAUUUACUCGCACAUGAUCCUAUUGCACGCGAUUUACGAUUAUAUCCGGGACCUCUAAUAAACGGCGUAACGCAUAAGAAGACUAUCAUAGAAUAUUGUGAAAAUAAAAUUAAAAAAGCAGUGGUAAAUGAAGAAAUAAUCGAUCGCGCUUCAUACAUCUUACUAUACGAACUGAUGAUUAUGUUAAUUCAACAGAAUGGAAAUGUUGUCGGUGUCGAUAUUGCCGGGCUCUUGCUGCGUAACAAGGAUGCUUAUCCUUACGACGCGAAUAAAUUCAUCAGAUCUCAGGAUGUAGGACGUAGAGAAUCGCAAAUAUCGCAACGAUCUGGAGCGACAGGCAGCGACGGAAGUACCCAGGAUAUCUCGGUGCUAUCCGAGAAAUCUGAAACCAAGCUACGAAAAACUGUAGAGCAAAUAACAGACGAAUUCAGAGAUACAUUACUCUAUGGACGGGUUCAAGAAGCAUUAGAGUACGCGAUGAACGAAGGACUUUGGGGCCACGCUCUCUUCCUGGCUAGUAAACUGGAUAAACGUACACAUGCUUCUGUAAUGACUCGUUUUGCGAACAGUCUGCCACCGCACGAUCCGCUGCAGACCCUAUAUCAGCUGCAUUCUGGUCGUGUACCUGCUAUAGUUACGUGCGUUGCGGAUCCACGCUGGGACGAUUGGCGGCCUCAUCUAGCUAUGAUUAUUUCCAAUACCUCAGCGAAUCCAGAAGUUAAUCGCCGAUCAAUAACGACUCUCGGGGACACGUUAUUCGCUAGAGGCGACAUCCAUGCCGCGCAUUUUUGUUACAUACUCGCACAAAUUGAUUUCGGGGCUUACGGAACUAAUGGAGUUAAACUCGUGCUGAUCGGCGCUAAUCAUAAUAAGUCGUAUUCUGAAUUUUUCACCAUGGAAGCUGUCAUGUUAACGGAGAUUUACGAAUAUGCACGAAACCUCAGCGAUCCCUGUUUCACAUUAGUAGAUCUUCAAACAUUCAAGUUCGAUCUAACUGUGAAAAUGGUUGACUGUGGCUUGAUAGAAAAGGCUCUAUUGUAUAUUGAACAGAUUGCAACAAAUGUCGCGAACGACCCAUCGAAAUACAAGAAACCCUUCAUCGAAGCGGUUUAUGUAUUGGGCGACCGAAUCAAAUAUCACGAUCCGGUCUAUAAGGAUGCUAUUGAGGAUGCUGCAAAUGUAACGUGGCUUAAUAAAUUGGCAGAGAUAGUUGGCAAAUAUCAGGAGGAACAGACUGUCGAAAAUGAGACGUAUGGUUCCCGUACUAUGACAGAAAAUCAAGAAAUUCAUGAAAUGAAACAUCAGCAGCAGCAGCAGCAGCAGCAAUCGUUACCGUCGCUAUCAUCGCAACAACAAUGGAAUACUAUUCAAGCCGAUUACGGUGACGGGCCUACAUCAAUGAUGGAAGUAAAUACGAGCGAAAUGCAGUCAGAUUGGCAACCAUUGUCUCUGCCCACGAAUAUUCAAGAUACAUACGAUCCGAACGCGCAAUAUAUGAGGAACAUGGACGAAUCUGUUCAGUACCAGCAGUCGCAGCAACAGGAUUAUUGGGGCCAGCAACCGUAUUAUCAGAAUAAUUAUGGAAGAAAUGAAACUAUGCCUAAUUGGCAGCAACAGUCUGCAUCAGGCUUAACCACCGAUCAGGCUGAUGUAAAUAACACGCAGCAACAAGACAAAUGGAACUAUGAGGCGGAAAGGGAAGACAAAACGCCCACUCCUGAACCUGCGCAGCCAACAAUCUCCAUGACACCGUCGACGGGUAAGCAGUACGAUCCAUUGGAAGAAUUGGACGCGCUUGAGACACCACGAUCGAGUGCUAAAUCUACGGCGGACGCGAAGAAAACAUCGGAGAAAACGGCCGAGAAGAAACCCGGCAACAGCGGUGGCUCCUGGUUCGGUGGUUUGUUCAGUAAACUCGCGCCCAAGCCGAAAAAUCAAAUGAUAUUACCGGACGAUAGCGACCCAACGAUUGUAUGGGACCCGGUCGCCAAGAAGUGGAUGAACAAGGAUGAGGACGGCGACAGCGGUGCCGGGACGCUGGCCCCACCGCCGAAAACGUCCGACGUAAGUUUCCGUGCGCCGUCGAUGGAACGCGGCCCGCAGCCGCCUCUACCUCUACCGAAUGCACACAACGAGGAUGCACCAGCGAUGGAUAUCUCGAAAUUGCCUACUGGUAGCAAUAUGUUUAAACUGCCAAAGGGUAGGAGUAUGCGUGCCAACUACGUAGACAUAAUGAAUCCCGGCGGAAAACCCAAAGGUAGCGCGGCAUCGUCUAACGUGGCCACCCCCAUAACGUCUCCGCUCGUACCUAUGGCUACCUCAUCUCCGCAGAUGUUCGUUCCCGCGCCAAUUAAUGAUCCAACCGCUCCUGUGGAUUUCUUGAGUCCGGCAGCAACUCCGCCGUCUGGAAACGUCGCGGAGAACACCCCACUCUCUCGCUGGAGCUCGACCAGCUCGUUAUCACGAGAGGUGCAGAGCUACACAAUGAGGGAUCCGCGGCUCCUUCAACGAAACAAGGGACCAAUGAUGUUCAACCCGAAUGACAUGAAGGAUCGAUCGGUGAAGAACAUGCCACCUAGCAGAUAUCAUCCACGAUAAUUUUUUUGCGACCGCUUAUGGAAAUAAUUUGUUAUUUAAAUUAGAAGGUUUCUCUUAUAACAUUGCAAUUGUAUUUAAUGUGAAUAUCUAUUUCUGUAUUAGAGAACGUGACAACAAUAGUACAUUUUUUUUAGUGAUCGCGCACGGUGCACACAGGUCUCUUGCGUAUACCGAAGCACCGCAAGAAAUACAGAAGAUAUGCAUCUUUUUAGGCGUCUUCAUAUAUUUGCUUUGCAUUGUAGAUAAAUUUUUACAUUUUGGAAUUCUGUUCGAGUUUGUUUCUCUGUUGUAUUUAUUGUGUCGAAUUAGAUAUUACGUUAAAAUGUAUUCAGAGAUUCCUACGCGAUAGAGGAGACAAUUUCAGCGGUGCAAUGGUGGCGUAGAUAAUUGAACCCAAACACGUUUAAUGAUUUGUAAACUAGAAGCUUCCAUUGCACACUUUUCGGUCAAAAGAAUGUGCUCCUUUCCGAUCAAGUUUUGCGGAAUGUUAAUUCGUAUGCAGUGUGACGAAUUUAUUUGGAAGUUACGCACCGAUUUCCAUUUCUUAUAAGCGCGUAUUUCCAUCGGAUGAUUACCUACGCAUUUGCCAAUCGUUAUCCACCGUUAAUCAUCGUUAUGGAAAUGCGCGAGUGCAUUCCCUAUUUACUAAUGUCCAUCUAGAUUGUAAGUAAAUCGGUACCGGAUUUCGAUGUCACGCGAAGAUUCAAAGUUCUGCGAGCGAGUUUGAAUUAUGUGAGUGAGGCGAGUUGGGUUGAUAUUUUUACUUGCAACCUAUAAUCGGAGAUCUAUAUCUAAGUUAGAAUUAAAUAUAAUCCCUCGCUCUUUGAAGAGCGUCUUGUAAAUGUGUGGACGAUAGAGGGAAGAUCGUAGCGCUGAGAUUAUAUAGCUUAGCUAUAUAUCGCAGAAUUUGUUAAAACACGGCCUCGGUAUGUGCUGUAAUUCUAAGUCUGAUUUUAUAUGUACGGGGAAGAAAGGGGUAUGUGCCGAUAAAUACGCGAUGUUAGGAAUAUGAGAAUUUUAUCGAGGGUAAAUGGGAGGGGAGGGGGAACGAAAUAGCGCGUUAAGUGUACGAUAGGAAUAUUGUUGUUAGACGUCGGGCAUAUAUAUUACGAGAUAAUAUUGAUACACCAAUAAUACGCAACUGCCAUCAACGUGCGGAUAAAUGCGAAUUGAGGAGUUUGUAAUUGCGUUUCCACUUGGUUCAAUCGCGUUAGAUUUGUAAGAUACAAGAUCCGGUUGGUGUCUCCGCGAGAAAUUUGAAUUAAUUGGAAGAAUCCUAGCAAAGAAUAAGCGAGAUGGUUUUAGUGGCUUCUCCCUGUACGCUGGGAUGCCUCUAUCGGAAAAUAAAUGUCCUAGGAGAUAUAUAUUUUUCGGUAAAGAGCGAGUACAUCGCGAGUAAAAGCUCUUUACUUGGCUCAAUUUAUCGUCGCCCUGCGCUUCGUCUUCUAUGAAUACUGUUGAUCGUUCAAUUUUAGAAUCUUUCGUUGAAGAUAUUAUCGGCUAUAAUGGCUCAUCUCGAUUUAUCUCGUUGGUAAACGUCCCGUAAUAUUGUCAAGAUUGAGGAAUUCUCGAUAGAUUUCUUUUGGAUUAGCAGCAGAUCUUUCUGGCGCAUAAAUAUCCGUUUUGCCAUUGACCACAACUAGAAGGGACUGGUUCUAGGGAUAGACUUUUGUAAAUUGUGACACUCGUAAUACAUUUUAUAUCUGUGA